UUAGUUCCUCAUGUCACGUGAUCCUCCCAGCCAGUGAGAGCGCUGCCGAAGUAAUGGCAACAACCUUCUGGGAUAAAUGUGGACUGCCAGCUGCCGAUCUCGCUGUUGACAGUAAAAGCAGAUAUGUUCCUUGCUCACUGCCAUUAGCAAUGACCAUGACCCUUCACACCAAAACCUCUGGAGUUACCCUGCUGCACCAGAUUCAAGGCACUGAACUGGAGACACUGAGCAGACCUCAGCUGAAGAUUCCCCUGGAAAGAUCACUCAGCGACAUGUACGUGGAGAGCAACAAGACAGGAGUUUUUAACUACCCAGAAGGGGCCACUUAUGAUUUUGGUACUACCGCUCCAGUGUAUGGCUCUACUACUCUCAGUUAUGCCCCUACUUCAGAAUCUUUUGGGUCCAGCAGUCUGGCAGGAUUUCACUCACUGAACAAUGUCCCACCAAACCCUGUGGUGUUCUUGCAAACGGCGCCCCAGCUCUCACCCUUCAUCCAUCAUCACAGCCAGCAGGUACCCUACUACCUUGAAAAUGAACAGGGCAGCUUCGGGAUGAGGGAAGCUGGUCCUCCAGCCUUCUACAGGCCAAGCUCUGAUAGCAGGCGUCACAGCAUCCGAGAGAGGAUGUCCAGUACUAAUGAGAAAGGGAGCCUAUCCAUGGAGUCCACCAAGGAGACCCGGUACUGUGCUGUGUGCAACGACUAUGCUUCAGGCUACCAUUAUGGGGUCUGGUCUUGUGAGGGCUGCAAAGCUUUUUUCAAAAGGAGUAUUCAAGGGCACAAUGACUACAUGUGUCCUGCUACUAACCAGUGCACCAUUGACAAGAACAGAAGAAAGAGUUGCCAAGCCUGCCGACUAAGAAAAUGCUAUGAAGUGGGAAUGAUGAAAGGUGGAAUCCGGAAAGACCGCAGAGGCGGGCGAAUGAUGAAACAGAAACGGCAAAGAGAGGAACAGGAUUCCAGGAACGGGGAGGCUUCUUCUACAGAGCUGCGAGCUCCCACCCUUUGGACAAGUCCACUAGUGGUUAAACAUAACAAGAAGAACAGUCCAGCUUUGUCCUUGACAGCAGAACAGAUGGUCAGUGCCUUGCUGGAAGCUGAGCCACCCAUAGUUUAUUCUGAAUAUGACCCAAAUAGACCAUUCAACGAAGCAUCUAUGAUGACCCUGUUGACCAACCUUGCAGACAGAGAAUUAGUGCAUAUGAUCAACUGGGCAAAGAGAGUUCCAGGAUUUGUGGAUUUAACACUCCAUGAUCAGGUCCAUCUACUGGAAUGUGCCUGGUUAGAGAUACUGAUGAUUGGCUUAGUCUGGCGCUCCAUGGAACACCCAGGAAAGCUUUUAUUUGCACCUAACCUAUUACUGGACAGGAAUCAAGGGAAAUGUGUAGAGGGCAUGGUGGAAAUCUUUGACAUGCUGCUGGCUACUGCUGCUCGGUUUCGCAUGAUGAACCUUCAAGGGGAGGAAUUUGUGUGCCUUAAGUCCAUCAUCCUGCUCAAUUCUGGUGUGUACACUUUUCUUUCCAGCACCUUGAAAUCACUGGAAGAGAGAGACUAUAUCCACCGUGUUCUGGACAAAAUCACGGAUACUCUGAUACAUUUAAUGGCUAAGUCAGGUCUUUCCCUGCAGCAGCAGCACCGGCGCCUGGCUCAGCUUCUCCUCAUCCUCUCUCACAUCAGGCAUAUGAGCAACAAAGGAAUGGAGCACCUGUACAAUAUGAAGUGCAAAAACAUAGUUCCACUGUACGAUCUCUUGCUGGAGAUGCUGGACGCUCACCGCCUGCAUGCCCCAGCAGCCAGGAGUGCUGCACCGAUGGAAGAGGAGAACCGGAGCCAGCUGACGACUGCGUCAGCUUCUUCUCAUUCCUUGCAGUCCUUUUACAUAAACAGCAAAGAAGAGGAAUAUGCAGAAUACAAUAUAAACAAAAGUCAGCGUAUAUAAUGGUAUGAGAAACCCAGCAGCGUACUACCUAGUUCAUGCUUCAUUUCAUCUGCAGUGCCACCUAUGUAAACACUCCAAUGACAUCAGUAACCUGUAUUUUCCAUUUGAGUGUUUGUCAAGCGCUUGCCUAAAUUGAUUGCUUAUUCUAGUUGAAAGAUGUUUCAUUGUUACGGACAGCCAGCAAGGAUUGGCAGGCUAACUUAAUUUGAAUUUGCAGUGUUUUAAUUUAUUUUUGCAUGCAAGUUGGGUAAGUCCUAAUAUGAACUUAAACAUUCAUUUUACCAUAAAUUAAUAGGCCAUACCAGCCAUGCAUAUUGGUAUCUUCCUGAGUGGGAGCCUUUGUUGAUAUCCACCCCAAAUUCUGAGCCCAUUUAAUCCUUGAAUUGCUUGAAACUUUGAAGAAGUUUGGUAGAUUCUGAAUGAGUUUUAGUGAGGGAUAACGGAAAAUUGAUUGGCAUCUUAGCGUGUCACAGUGAAACUGUACUGCUAGUGGCUGCCUUGGUAGUUUAGGUAGAUUCCUGCCUCUCUUCUUCCUACAGUGGAAAGUACCCCCUUUCUUAAAAUUUUUGUUUUGCCUUACUGGCUUACAUCAGCAGAUAGCUCCCUUUCAAGAUCAUACUGACCAAACUUUUAGGUCCUCUUGUCAUAUCUUCUAGCCAAAUUGCAUUGUGUGUAUCCUAUCCUAUCCUAUGAAGCUAAACUGUUCUGUUGCUCAGCAGUGUUAAAACAAGGGCAAAAUGGCAAGCAAUGAUAAUAUAGAUAAUUGCUCUUAAGUCAGAUCACGUGAGUACAAAAAAUCAUCAUGCCAUAAAAGAACCAACAACAAAAAUUAAAACUCACCUUAUCGCACAUACAUUGUUUUAUGAAAAAAACAACAACAACAAAAAAAACCACACCUUUCCCUCUCCUUUGCUUUGUUGCGCUACAAACCAAGGGGUGAGGAUGUCAUAAGACUGGCAUAGCAGUGUGGGAUUGUCCCAUUCAUGGCAGUCCUGCCUACCCAGACUGUUGAGGGCCAUCAGAGCCAGAACAGUAGGUUUUGCAUUGGCUUUCUUCAGCUAUUGUUGGGACAAACUCAAAAAUCACUGUUAAGAUCCACCUCACCUGUGAUAUCAGAAGUGGACAAUGUGUCUCAGACAUGGUGAAGACUCCAGGACUGCAUGCCCAGGUGAAAGGAAGGUAAAUCUGGCUUUCUCCAUGCAUGUGUGUAACAGUUCUUUGUGCAGGUUAGUUGGAUUCUUCCAGUCAACCAUAAAUAUACAAAAGGUCUACUGACAGUAAGAAUUUCAGCAAGUCAUGAAGGAGAGUCACUGAAAAGAAAGACCAACCUAUCCAUAAUAUAAACUGUCCAAAACAGGAUUUGGUGCUGCUGUUUGACUGCCUCUAGGAUAGAAAACUAAACAUGUCAGGGAAUGUUGCUGGGUACUGGAAUGUGAUUAUUAUAUAUGCCGGGGAUGAUUUAUUAGUUUAAUGAUAAUCUUUGCCUGUGCUGUCUGCAUGUCUGGUUUUCAGGUGCAGUUUGAGAGUUAGCGUGGACCACCAGGGACUAGUUCAAUAGCUGGUUGGAAGUGACCACCUGUCAGCGAGGAAGUUCUAUAGCAUGCGUAUAGGCUGCUUCAUGGCAGCAGGCCACAGUGCUAGAGGAGGGUUUGGGGAUGCUUCUUUUACUACUAUAGUCGAUGUCUUUAUGUUAGGUUAUGCUGAUUGGAAUAUCCUGUAACUAAUUAUAGGAAAUAGUGCAACUAAUGAGGUACAGGACUGCCUAUGUCUAACCACGCUCACUGUUAGACAAGCAAAGUCUGUGUUCAGUGAGUUUCAGUUACAUAGCGAUUGUGAAGGCAGCAAGGCAUAGGAUGAGUUUGAGCUCCAUGACAAGGAUUCAACUUUUUAGUGAGUGUAGAUAAUGAUGUCCAUAACAAUUUAAUGUACAUAUCUGAGGAUAAGCGCAGUUUAAAAGUCUAAAGAUAGAUGCUACCUACAUGCUUGAGAAGAUUCCUUGAAAACAGUGCAAGUCUGAACGUGUGAAGCAGUCACUGUAAGUGAAUAGGCCUUUUAUUGAUGCAUAUUAUAGUAUCAUUUUUUUUCUGAUGUGCUGAAGGAGUUGUAUUUGUGUGUAUUUAGUAGAGUGUGUGUGUGCGUGCAUGCAAAUUUGGUACCUAAGGGCUUUUGGAAGGCUUCAAAAGGCCUUGAAAAAAAAAUGCACAUUUUAUUUUUGUUUUGUUUAGUAGCUGGUUUUCAAAUGUGUUAGAAAAAUCAUGAAUGCCCUGAAAUGAGCGCAGGUUAAGAUUUGAAUGGAGCACAGGAAUUCCUGUAGAUACACUUAAGUGCUUACAUUGUCAUUAUUCACUUGUAGCCCAGUGUGCAUUAGAGCUGCUUUUUCAAUGCUCUAUGUGCAGCUUGUGUGUUCUCCAGGACAGAACACACGGAUCAAGCCUGUGGCUCAUCAGCUGCUAAGAAAAUUAGUUUAAAUAAAUGCCUUGCCUCCUACAUCCAAGAAGAAUUCAUUGUAUUGAUUUAAGUGUAAAUUUGGCCUCAAAGGAAAAAAAAAAUAGUUGGUGGGGAGCAAUCCACAACAAAGGUCCAGAUUCCGAUGAUAUUUAUAUAGGGUAAUAACAAUGCACUCUACAGAUUGUCCCAGUGAGGCUGGACAAGCAUGAUUUGGAGUGGUAUGCAGCAGACAGAGGGGUAUCAAAAUGUGGCUUGUAACAUAAGAAAUAAUCAGUCAGUUUGCAAUCAUAAUUACAAAUGUUCUCCUAGGCU